AUGCGAGGGCGCGGGGGCCUUCUCGGUGGGGCGGCGCAGCGGCACAUCGACGAGCACGUGUCGGCCUUCUUCGACGCGGAGCUGUCGUCUAGCAUCAUGCAGCGGCGCCCUCGUCGCGCAAGGGAGGCACCGGAUGCGAAGCCCCAGCAUCAGCAGCAGCAGCAACCACUACCUGCGUUCGACGCUUAUGUUGUCUUGGACUUUGAGGCCACGUGCGAGCGUGACAGGCGCAUCCCCGAGCCGGAGGUCAUAGAGUUCCCGAUGGUGGUCGUCGACGCCCGCAGCGGCAACACCAUGGCGGAGUUCCAGCGCUACGUACGGCCCCUGGUGAGCCCCAAGUUGUCGGCGUUUUGCACUGAACUAACUGGCAUCACGCAGGCAGUGGUGAACGCGGCGCAGCCCUUCUCCACCGUGUUAGACUCGGCGCUUGAGUUUCUUCGCAGCGGGGGGUACGGCGAGGCGCCGCCGCUGCGCAGUUAUCUCUUCGUGACGUGGGGCGACUGGGAUCUGCGCACGAUGCUCCCGUGCCAGCUGCAGACGGCGGCAAGGAUAGGGACGCCACUCGACGUGCCGCCUUCCUUCCGACGAUGGUGCAACAUCAAGCAGUUGAUGCAGCGCAUGGAGCUGCCUACUCCACACCGAAUGAAGGACCUACCGGAGAUGCUGGCUGCACUGGGCCUACGCAUGACAGGACGCCAUCACAGCGGGAUUGAUGACUGUAGGAACAUUGUAGCCAUUCUCCAGAGGCUGCUGCGCGACGGGCAUGUAAUUGCGCCUACAACAGAUCACAGCGGUCUCCAACAGUGGGUAAGCUCUCUGCCAAACGCACCUCUAUUGACCAGUUCGAUUGUACCUGAAGCAGGCCGGUCGCCACCGCCUGUGCUCAAUGCCAAAUGCAUGGCAGGGCAUGAUAUGAAGCGACAGCGCUCUACACACAAGUCUGUGAGCAAGCUUAAACAUGAGCAGCAGCAGACCCAAGCACUGGCACCUGUACCAGAGCGGCCUCAGGUCAACAUACUCACGGAUGAGGACCCGUUGCCGGUGCUCCUACAGCAGCACCAGCACGACGGUACGUUAACAGAGACAAGGAAGGUGUCGUACUCCAAGUCCCUCACGCGCAUCCUGCGCCACGCAGCGGACAGCAUGGGCAUCCCCAUCUCGAGCGCUGGGUAUGUCUGCGUUAACGACUUGCUUCGCUGCAAACCAUUCUGCAGCGACCCUGCGGCACUGGGGCACAUCGCGCAGGUGGUGCAGACCAACGACAAGCAGCGUUUCAAGUUGGCCUAUGACGAGAAGCAUCGCCUGUAUAUUCGAGCGAAUCAGGGACAUAGUCUUGAAGGCAUAGACCCCGAGCUUCGACGCAUCAUAUCUGCAGCAGAAGUUCCUCUCGCUAUUCAUGGGACGUACCACCCAGCAUGGAGUAAGAUUCGCGCGUGUGGGUAUUUGUCGACAAUGACACGGCAGCACAUCCACUUCGCCAAAGGCUUCACCAAAAGCGAUGGUGUUAUUAGCGGCAUGCGUGGUAACGUGGAGGUGUUUCUGCACCUUGACGUUGCAAAGGCCAUCGCUGACGGUGUCGAACUGUGGGAGAGUGCGAAUGGUGUGAUACUGACGCCUGGUAUCCGCUCCACAAAACAGUUGCCGCUCACAUACAUUGAAAAGGCGGUUGAUCGGCAAACAGGGCAGACGCUCUCAAUCGAUCCCGCGCCCACACAUGAGUAA